AUGGACUCGAAUGACUUUGCAACCACGAAAUCUGAAGAGGCAAACAUGCCCUCUUCAUCCCAGGCAAAUCACAUUUAUUAUGAAAACCUUGAACGCCUCCACACUGCUGGUGGACACGCAAAUGACAGAAGUCAACCAGCUCUUCCGAUUUAUCAUCGCACAUUCGCCAAUCCCUCUCCAUUGGGAUUGAUAUCAUUCGCGACAGACAUCUUCCUCAUCUGCGUCUUCGGACUUCAAGCUAGGGGUGUGACUGCACCAAAUGUAAUGGUUGGGUGCCUUGUAUUCUACGGCGGCGUCGGUCAGUUUAUUGCUGGAAUCAUGGAAUUCAUCACGGGAAACACUUUCGGUGCCACCGUCUUUUCUUCCUACGGCGCGUUCAACUUGUCGUAUGCAAUGAUUUAUCUACCCGGGACGGGUAUACUGGCCGCAUAUACCGAUUCUACAACCGGUGCCUUAAGCCCUACUUUCGAUCAGGCUCUAUCGCUUUACCUUUGGGCAUGGCUGAUUGUAACGGUGGCAUUCACCAUCGCGGCGAUACGAUCCUCUUGGGUUCUUUUCAUGGACCUUUUCUUCUUGGACAUAUGCCUUCUCCUACUUGCUUGUGGGUUUAUGGUCAAGGUCCAGGGUCUCUUGACAGCCGGGUACUCUUUCGGCCUCGUGGUGUCGUUUCUUGCUUUCUGGGCAGACUGGGCUGGUUGUGCUGGUUUAUGGGGUGGAGGAGUAACCCCUAUCAAGCUGCCGACAUUUAAUAUGUACACGGCUGUUUGA